CGGCGGCGCCUGCGCGGUGAGGCCGGGCCUGGCGGGAGGCGGAGAACGGCCCAGCCCCGACCCCCGGGACCGGACCCCCCCCUCCCCCGGUCCGUCCCCCCGGUGUCCCCCCGGUCCCCGGCACCGGGACCCGGCGCUAUGAUGCGGUUCAUGCUGCUCUUCAGCCGCCAAGGCAAACUGCGCCUCCAGAAGUGGUACCUGGCCACCGCCGACAAGGACAAGAAGAAGAUGGUGAGGGAGCUGAUGCAGGUGGUCCUGGCCCGCAAACCCAAGAUGUGCAGCUUCCUGGAGUGGAGGGACCUCAAAGUCGUCUACAAGAGGUACGCCAGCCUCUACUUCUGCUGCGCCAUCGAAGGGCAGGACAACGAGCUCAUCACGCUGGAGCUGAUCCACCGCUACGUCGAGCUGCUCGACAAGUACUUUGGCAGCGUCUGCGAGCUGGACAUCAUCUUCAACUUCGAGAAGGCUUACUUCAUCCUGGACGAGUUCGUGAUGGGGGGGGAGAUCCAGGACACCUCCAAGAAGAGCGUCCUGAAGGCCAUCGAGCAGGCGGAUCUGCUGCAGGAGGAGGACGAGUCACCCCGCAGCGUGUUGGAGGAGAUGGGGCUGGCAUAGCCCCCCCCCCCCAAAAAAAAGAAAAUGGGGGGGCACCCCAAAUUAAGAGGGGCCCCCACCCCCCCCCAUGCAGCCACAUGGGACCAAUCGCACCCUGGAGACGACGACGGGGAGGGGGGGACCCCCAUGGCCCCCCCAAACUGUAAAUAUAUAUAUAUACAUAUGGGGGGGAGGGCUCUGCGGGGGGGGGCUAUUUUUUUUGUGGUGGGGGGGGUGGGCAACUCCGC